AUGGAGACAUCAGGCUUUAAUUACUGCCAGGACCAAUGGCAGAGUCCAUGGUUCUAUGGCAGCUGUGUCUGUGUUAAUCUUCAUGGCAACCAUUACCACCAAGACUAUGCAGAUAUCACUGGCCUACUCUGUCACCUGAGGCGCUGUGAUAGAGGUGGCUCUGAGGCAUCUGGGGAGGUAACUAGAGCAGUGCUGGAUAGCUCAUCCUGGUGGAAAGAGUGCAGGACAGCUGCCUGGCUGAACAACUCAGCUACCUCCCAGGCCCAGAUCCAGGGCUUUGUGUUGGCCCGCACCAAUAUCUACCCCAUCUAUGAGCUGUUGGAGCAUGUGAAAAUCAUAGAGAGGCCGACGCCCUGGCCCGGGAGCCACCGGGACUUCAGGGAGUCCGUGGGGCCAGGUGGAGCGCACUGGCGCCAGGCGCUCGCGCUGGCGCUACUGGGGCUGGCGGCCACUCUGGGCGCGUCCCCGACGUCUGGGCAACGCUGGCCCGUACCCUACAAGCGCUUCUCCUUCCGUCCGAAGACAGAUCCCUUCUGUCAAGCCAAGUAUACUUUCUGCCCUACUGGCUCACCCAUCCCAGUUAUGAAGGACAAUGACGUCAUCGAAGUCUUAAGGCUACAAGCCCCUGUUUGGGAAUUUAAAUAUGGAGACCUCCUGGGACACUUCAAAAUCAUGCACGAUGCCAUUGGAUUCAGGAGUACGCUGACCGGCAAGAACUACACAAUUGAAUGGUAUGAGCUUUUCCAGCUCGGCAACUGUACAUUUCCCCACCUUCGGCCGGAAGUGAACGCUCCGUUCUGGUGUAACCAGGGGGCAGCCUGCUUCUUUGAAGGAAUUUACGAUAAACACUGGAAGGAAAACGGGACGUUGUCUCUGGUUGCAACCAUAUCCGGAAACACGUUUAACAAAGUGGCCGAGUGGGUGAAGCAGGACAAUGAGACUGGGAUUUAUUACGAGACAUGGACAGUCCGGGCCAGCCCAGGAAAAGGGGCGCAGACAUGGUUUGAAUCCUACGACUGUUCGAAUUUUGUCUUAAGGACAUAUGAGAAAUUGGCUGAAUUUGGAACAGAAUUCAAGAAGAUAGAAACAAACUAUAUGAAAAUAUUUCUUUACAGCGGAGAACCGAUUUACUUGGGAAAUGAAACGUCUAUUUUUGGGCCCAAAGGAAACAAGACCCUUGCUUUGGCCAUAAAAAAAUUUUACGGCCCCGUCAAACGGUAUUCGUCAACCAAAGAUUUUCUGUUGAAUUUCUUGAAAAUUUUUGACACAGUGAUUAUGCACAGAGAGUUCUACCUGUUUUAUAACUUUGAGUAUUGGUUUCUACCUAUGAAACCCCCCUUUGUCCUGGAAAAAAAAAAAGAAACCCCCCUUUGUCAAAAUAACGUACGAGGAAACCCCUUUACCUACCCGACAUACGAUAUUUACCGACUUGUGACAGCCUCCCUCUGCUGCUGCUACUCUCCAUCCACCAGCAUCCAUAUUCUCCCGGGGCUGUGCCUACACUGGUGUCUUUGGUCACCUUCACCUCCUGGGGCGCCUUGUCGGAAGUACAGUAUAUGUCAAGACUCCCGGAAAGAAGCAGAAACCUUAAUUGUAUUGGCCAAAGUGAAUGGAUUGCAAUUACUCGAUCUCAGCCAUGGAGAUUCUUUGAUCCCAAGGUUAACAUGUUUUCUCGGGCCACCUUUUCUGUUACAGUAG